AUGUGGCACUACUUCAGGAUUCAGAAGACUCCGAUGUACGUCCUGGCAGCUGGUUCGCUUGGAGGACUUGCCCUUCUCCUGAUCCAUAUGUUUAAUGCCUCUCCAGGACAGGAGCCGCCGCUGGUCGUGGUAGUGCCAGGUGGAGGUUUGACUUUAGAUGGACUUCCGACGAAGUGGGUACAGAGGCGGCUACAAGAGGCUGCAAGAGUCUAUUUUGAGCAACAAAAGGCUGGCAGGAAAGUGCAAGUGGUGUUGCUCUCCGGAGGUACAACUCACAAGCCUAUGCCACGUGAUCCUCACUCGGGAUUUCAAGUUUAUGAGGCUGAGGGCGGUGCGCGGUGGCUCAUCAGAGAGCACAAGGUUCCGCCAGAGGACGUAUUCGAGGAAAACUGGUCCUUGGAUACGAUUGCCAAUGCAUUCAUGUUGCGGACAACGCACACAGAUCCAGCUGGCUGGACUAAGCUACUCGUCAUAAACAACGCAUUCCACAUGCCACGGACGAAGGAGAUCUUCAUAAAGGUUUUUGGUCUUCCACCACUCCCCAAUGGCCAAUACAGCUUGGACUUCUUGGAAGUCCCAGACGAAGGCGUUGAGCCAGAUGCUUUGGAAAGUCGUAGAGCACGCGAGGCAAAGUCCUUGGCAAGCUUCAGGCAACGAAGCGCUUCCAUCAGCUCAAUGCAGCAGAUGCAUGCGUUUCUCUUCACGGAGCACAUGGCCUAUUCUUCAAAAAGACUAUUGAAAGAUCGUGAGCCAGUAGAUCCCAAAGUUGCAGAAUCAUAUUGA